AUGUCUGUACCAGUUUAUCAUGCACAAGAUAGCAAUGAAUUGAGUUCAUUAUCGUCUAAAUUGAUAGAAAGCUGUCAAAAAGUGGUUGAUAAAUUUACAUCGAUUUAUGGAUGCAAACCUGAUUUUAUUGCUAGAUCUCCUGGACGGGUUAACUUAAUUGGUGAACAUAUUGAUUAUGUUGAUUUUUCUGUAUUACCAAUGGCAAUUGAUCCUUCCAUGUUGGUAGCUAUUAAGAUAUUAAAAUAUGAUGAAGAUGAAGAUGAAGAUAAGGAAAAUAGUAAAACUAAUUCUAAUGAAUCUUUGACAAGUAACCCAUCGAUUCUUUUAACUAAUGAUGAUCAUAAAUUUGCCCAAAGGAAAUUCGAUUUACCAUUGGAUGGGUCAUAUAUUACAAUUGAUCCAUCAGUAUCUGAUUGGUCUAAUUAUUUCAAAUGUGGUUUUUAUGUAGCACAUGAAUAUUUGAAGAAAAAAUUUCCAGAAAGAUUCAAUAAUAAACCUUUAUACGGAUUAAAAGUGUUUUGUAAAAGUGAUGUACCUAGUGGUAGUGGAUUAUCAUCAUCUGCUGCCUUUACUUGCGCUGUAGCCAUGGCAAUUAUAAGAGCUAAUACGGGGAAAGAUUAUAGGAUUUCAAAACAUGAUCUAACAGAGAUUUGCGUUAUUGCAGAACAUUAUGUUGGGGUGAAUAACGGUGGGAUGGAUCAAGCCGCCUCCAUAUUUGGGGAAUUGGAUCAUGCAUUAUAUGUAGAAUUUAAACCUAAAUUGAAAGCCACACCUAUUAAAUUCCCCACUUUUAAAAAUAGCAACGCUACUAAGGAUGGUAGCGAUACGACUGAGAAAAAAAUUGGAAAUGAACUUACAUUUUUAAUUGCAAAUAGUUUAGUAGUAUCCAACAAAUACGAAACGGCUCCUACAAAUUAUAAUCUAAGAGUAGUGGAAGUCACUAUAGCGGCUAGUGUACUUGCCAAUUUCUUCCAAAUCAGACUCCCCAACAAGAUUACAGAUAAUGGCAUGGAUAAGGGCAAUCUCAGAGAUUUCAUGGAUGCAUAUUAUGCCCGAUAUUAUAAUGAGCAUGUACCAUGGAACGGAGAUCUGAAAGAGGGGAUUAGUCGGUUGACAAAAAUGUUAGAAUUGGUAGAGGAAUGUUUUAAUACAGACGAGAAACGAAUUGGGUAUACGGUGAAUGAUAUUUCUAAUGCCUUAGAUUGCUCUCGAGAGGAAUUUACCAGGGAUUUCCUAAUGGUUUUCCCCAUUAGAUUCCAAUUAUUAAAACUAUAUCAAAGGUCGAAACAUGUAUUUAGCGAAUCGUUAAGAGUUUUGAAAACACUAGAAUUGAUGAUCAAUACAAAUAAUAAUCUUAAAAACAACCAAGUCAAAGGGAACGAAGAAGAAGAAGAAGAGAAAUUUUGUCAAGAAUUUGGUGAAUUGAUGAAUCAAUCUCAAGCAUCUUGUGAUAAAUUAUAUGAAUGUUCCAGUAACGAAUUGAAUGAUUUAUGUAAAAUUGCAUUAGCUAAUGGGUCAUAUGGCUCUAGAUUAACAGGUGCUGGCUGGGGUGGAUGCACGAUUCAUCUUUUACCCAACGACACAAAGAAAAUCGAAAAAGUCAGGAAGGCUUUAAUUGAAGAGUUUUACAAGGUAAGAUACCCACAGAUUAAUGAAGAAGAGCUUGAGAAUGCCACGAUUGUAUCAAGACCUGCUAGAGGCAGUUUUCUUUAUGAGGUGUAA